GACCGUGGUAGUGCCCCGGAGCUCGGCAGGGACCGUGUGUGCGCUGUAACCCCUCCGCGCUCCCCCCUCACCCCACCCCCGGCGCCGGUCCGCGGGAGGCUGCGCCCCGCGCUGGUACUGCUGCAAGCCGGGCGCGUCCCGGCCGCCCCCUCCCCGAGCUCCGGCGGCAGCGAGCGCGCUGGUCCGUUCUGCCAGCACGAUAAAUGCUCUUGAUGAAGAUGGACCUGUUGAACUACCAGUACUUGGACAAGAUGAACAACAACAUCGGCAUUCUGUGCUACGAAGGUGAAGCAGCCCUAAGAGGUGAGCCCAGAAUGCAGUCCCUUCCAGUGUCCUCCGUUCUAACCAACCAUCGAACAGGCCCUCCUCCUAUCAGCCCCAACAAGAGAAAGCUGAGCAUGGACCAAGGGGACGAUGAGCUAGACUGUGAAAAUGACCACGUUUCUAAAAUGAGUCGAAUGUUCAACCCCCAUCUAAACAAGACUGCCAAUGGAGACUUUCGGAAGGAGCACAGAGAGAGGAGUCGCAGCCCCAUAGAGAGGGCUGCUGCCCCGACAAUGAGCCUUCAUGCCAAUCACAUGUAUGCCUCAAUCCCAAGCUUGACCAUGGAUCAACCUCUAGCACUGACCAAAAACAGCAUGGAUGCAACCCGGACAGUUGGCAUCACACCUACACUGACUUCUGUGGAACGGCAGCAGAACCGUCCCUCGGUGAUCACCUGCGCUUCCGCCAACAACCGCAACUGCAACCUGUCCCACUGCCCCAUCGCGCACAGCGGCUGUGCCUCCGCCGUGCCCCCGUACCGGAGGCCCGCCAGCACUACCACUGCCUGCGACCCGGUGGUGGAAGAGCACUUCCGCCGAAGCCUUGGCAAGAAUUACAAGGAGCCUGAGCCAGUGGCAAACUCCGUGUCCAUCACAGGAUCGGUCGAUGACCACUUUGCCAAAGCACUUGGGGAUACGUGGCUGCAGAUCAAAGCUGCGAAGGACGGCGUCUCGAGCAGCCCCGAGUCCGCGUCGCGGCGGGGCCAGGCUUCCCCCUCCUCUCACAUGGUCAAUCAUAAUCACUCGCCCUCGGUGGUCUCCUGAGGAGGGGACCGGGACCCUUGUGAAUUUGCAUGGUUUGACUGAGCUUUGAACAGUGCUUACGGUAGUGUCGGGGAAGGGAGGUUAGUUUUGAACACAUGUUUUGUGUACUCACUUUGUUUGUGAAAGGGUGCCCUUAAAGAUGAUAGCAGGAACUAUUUCAUAACGAUUCAUCUGAUGUAGCAUCCUUUUUUCC